CACAAGACGCUCUUAUCUAUUUUAUAUAGGCGUUAAAGGAUCGCUUCGUUGGAAGUUGGUUUGAUGAAUCGACGUAGACAGAUACGGUCAAUUAAACCGGUACCAGUAUAUCAUAAAUGGUAAGACUCCUAAUGGAUACAACGACUUCUGUGAUUCUAGUCACAUAACCAUCGUUGUAGGUGAAGGUAACUGGAUAUUUGUGUCUCGGCGUCUAAAUCGGUCAGUUAUUACACGACAUCGACGCUUAUUCCAGUAAAAUGUUUGUAGAAUGCCGGUGCAUGUAACGCUGGUGUAACGAUCGUGGCAUCGGUCACCGAUUGGCCACACAUACGAAACAUUUCACCCCAAGGGUCAGUAGUGGUCGGAUGGUAGGACCAAAGUGGUGGUACUACGGUACGUUUUAUACGUAGAACGUGAUGUUCGAGCAUUCAGUCUUUCGCUUUCUCUGCGUUCGCGAGUUGCUCGAUCGGCUUCCAUGCAUGCCUCCAUGCAUGGUCCACGAGGAUCGUGCCUUUUUCUCAACCUCGCGGAAUAUACCUAGUCAUGCGAUCGAUCGUUCGAACGAUUUUCGUAGAACGACAGUAGGAAUCGAUAGUCCGAAACUGGAGAAAGCAGACUUUCCACAGCGCGAUCUCUUCUUUCUUCGAGAAUGUUCAGAACCCUCGACGCGUAACAGAGACUCGAAGAAGAAGCAAGAAGAAAAAAAGAAUCGAAACUCGAAUGUUUCGUUCGAAACGUAGCUGUAAUCGGGAAGAUUUGGAGGAAAAGAAGUUGAUUAAAAAACGGCAGAAAAAUGAGUAUCGUGACAGCAGCCACGUUGGCGGUAAAGGGUGCCACUGUUCUACUUGGAAAGGUGGCGAUAAUUCCUAUUAUCAUAGCGGCUCUAGCAUACUACAAUUACGAUCUGAUGGAUCCUGAGAAUUAUCCCAAAGUGACGAAGAAUAUAAGAAAGGAAUACGAUUUUGUGGUGGUAGGAGGUGGAUCGGCUGGAAGCGUGGUUGUGAACAGACUUACAGAAAAUCCUAAGUGGAAUGUGCUGUUGUUAGAGGCUGGAGGACACGAAACCGAGAUAACGGAUGUCCCUAUACUAUCCCUUUAUUUGCACAAGAGCAAAGUGGAUUGGAAAUAUAGGACUCAGCCGCAAGAUUCCGCUUGUCAAGCGAUGAUCGAUCGACGAUGCUGUUGGACCAGAGGAAAGGUUUUGGGUGGCUCGAGCGUGCUUAACACGAUGCUCUAUAUUCGAGGAAAUCGACGAGAUUUCGAUCAGUGGGAAAGUUUCGGAAACCCUGGAUGGGGUUACGAGGAUGUUCUGCCUUAUUUCAAAAAAUCUCAAGAUCAAAGAAAUCCCUAUUUAGCUCGCAAUACUAGAUACCAUGCCACUGGAGGGUACCUGACGAUUCAGGACUCGCCCUACAACACACCUCUAGGAGUGGCCUUCCUACAGGCCGGCGAAGAAAUGGGCUACGACAUAGUAGACGUAAACGGAGAGCAACAGACGGGCUUUGCUUUCUACCAAUAUACCAUGCGAAGAGGAACGAGAUGCAGCGCCGCGAAAGCAUUCAUCAGACCCAUUCAGUUACGAAAAAACUUUCAUCUAUCCCUGUGGAGUCACGUAACCAAGGUCCUGAUCGAUCCACGAACGAAAAAAGCCUACGGCGUCGAGUUCAUCAAAGAAGGCCGGAAAGAGGUAGUCUACGCCAGGAAGGAGGUCAUUCUCUCGGCGGGUGCCAUAAAUUCUCCUCAGCUGUUAAUGCUCUCGGGAAUUGGACCUAGACAACACCUGGAAGAAGUAGGAAUUACAGUGGUGCACGAUUCUCCCGGAGUCGGACAGAACCUGCAGGAUCACAUCGCGGUUGGUGGUCUAGCUUUCUUGAUCGAUUACCCGAUCAGUACCGUGAUGACUCGCCUGGUGAACCUUAAUUCCGCUCUACGGUACGCCAUCACGGAAGACGGACCAUUAACCACGAACGUAGGCUUAGAGUCCGUAGGUUUUAUCUCGACGAAAUACGCAAAUCAAAGCGACGAUUGGCCCGAUAUAGAAUUCAUGCUGACCUCUUCCUCCACUAGCUCCGACGGAGGCACGCACGUGAAAAAUGCUCACGGACUCACGGACGAUUUUUACAAGCAAGUAUUCCAGAACAUUAAUUACCGCGACCUGUUCGGGGUGUUCCCCAUGCUUCUCAGGCCUAAAUCUCGCGGUUUCGUGAAAUUAAAGUCGAAAAACCCUCUGGAUUAUCCCCUGAUGUACCACAAUUAUUUGACCCACCCUUACGACGUGAAUGUCCUGAGGGAAGGCGUGAAGGCUGCGAUAGCUUUCGGAGAGACGAGCAGCAUGAAAAGAUUCGGUGCCAGAUUCCACAAUCGCGCUCUACCCAACUGUAACCACAUACCUAUGUUCACCGACGAAUAUUGGAACUGUGCCAUACGACAAUACACUAUGACGAUCUAUCAUAUGAGCUGUACAGCGAAAAUGGGUCCACCGACCGACCCCAUGGCCGUCGUCGACCCCGAACUCAGAGUCUACGGUGUGACCGGGUUGAGGGUAAUCGACGCGUCCAUUAUGCCGACGAUCACCAACGGGAACAUAAACGCACCGGUGAUCAUGAUCGGAGAGAAAGGCGCGGAUUUGGUUAAGAAGCAAUGGCUAUCACGGAGGAAGAGGGACAACGCCACGAUCGUCGCAACGUGACUGGAAGAAUUCUUGCCGAGAAAUCAGCUUGUUCCGUCGAUCGCCGAAUGGAUGUACUUGCCGCGUUAUUUCGUAAAUAAGAAAUAAGAGAAAAGGGACUAGUAUCGAGAUCGAUGUAGAUCCACAUAAUGGAAAUACCGUUCUCCGUCGAUACGGCCUUUUGAUUAGGCUUUUAAUUUAACGAUACGAAGGAACGCAAGGAGAUGCGAUCGUUUAAUUGUCGUUAGGCUCGCUUAUAAGUAAUUUGUAAGUAAUUUAUCGAUCGAGGACUCGAUGACGUUAAAGGAAAUGCGUAUUUUAUAUUUUUUUCACACGACUAAAGGAUAGGAAAUGUGACCGUCGUAAUGUACGAUCGAAUCGUUUCGUGGCUAUACUGUUAACGACGUAAACGUAUCCGAUGCGAACCUUUAAAAUCCGAAAGUGAGAAACAAAUUCGUUUUCCGUUAGCGAAAAAGGAACAUAUAUGAAACAGAUGUUCUAAUAUCAAUUCUAUUCUAAAAUAGAGUUAAACGUUCCGAAAGAACUUUUCGAUAAGCGUCCGCUCCUCGGAAAUUUAUGGUUUACCGAUGUCUUUUUCAAUCCUCUCACUUUCUUCUCUUGGGUCAGAUCGAAAGUUG